UCUCAUUACUACUACUACUACUAAAAGAACUACAUUCUUAUUAAUCCAUUAUGGCACCCCACGGAGAGGCUAUCAGUAGCACUUACUCCAGGACGUCGAAGCCGCCGAGGCUGUCUUCGGAGAGCCUGCACCGCACGAUGUCGGACAUCUCGUUCGAGCUGAGCAAGGCCGAAGCCGAGAUCAUGGCAAUGGACCAGAUGAAGGGGCUGCCGCCGAUAUCGGAGGGGGAGGACGCAAAGUGCGAGUGCUGCGGCAUGGUGGAGGAGUGCACGCCGGAGUACAUAGACCGGGUGCGGGACAAGUUCCUUGGGAAGUGGGUCUGCGGGCUGUGCGCGGAGGCGGUGAAGGAGGAACUGAAGAAGAGUGGAGGGAAGAACAAGGAAGAGGCCUUGGCGGCGCACACGAACGCCUGCGUUAGGUUCAACAAGUACAGCAGGGCUUAUCCUGUGCUGUUCCAAGCCGAGGCCAUGAGAGAGAUGCUGAAGAAGAGCAAGCUCGAUGGAAGGAACAUUAGGGCAAAGUCCAUUAGCCCUAGGGACAAAGGAGGUGCUAAGAAGGGCGGGAUCGCUCGGAGCUCGAGUUGUAUUCCGGCCAUCACGAGGGACAUGAGGGAUCUAACUAUGACUACUUCUUCUUGAGCACUUGCCAAUAUUUGCAUGCCAGCAAGGUUUUACAUGAAAUGGGACGUGGGGUUUUGUAUUUGUUAACCCUGGAUCUCUCCUUAUAUUUUAUAUUUAAUUAGCUUAUGACCUUUUUAAAGUCCUUGUUGGGUUUUUCUCAAAUUAAUUCUCUCUCCCUAUGUUUUAAUAUUAUCCAAGGGCUUUUACGUACGUGUUGUAAUAUAUGCUUAUUUUGUUGCUGUUUCUCCACCUUUCGAUAUCACCCUUCUAGGAUUUUUCUGCAAUUCUGCUUUUUUUUAGGU